AUGGGUGCCUGUUCUGCUGUCACCAUCCAGGCACCUUUGGUUAAUGCAACCUCCAAAGCAACCACCUCCAUGGCCGCUGUCAGCAUUUCGAUGACAAACCGGUCUAUGCGGUCCUCGAGGAAGCCGCCUUUGCGACUGCCUAUAAUUGCCCCCAAGAAUAGUCUCAUGGGCCCCAGCCCUGGCUUUGAUGUUCCGACCACCAAAAAGGUUACGAUCCGUCAGCACCGGCUCCGCUUCCCACCCCGGUCCCGAACUGGUUGCUGGUAUGUCCUCAAGUGCGACGAAGUCCGCCCUCAGUGUAAUCAAUGCGCUCGUCUUGGCCAUGUGUGUGACUACCGGCCUCGAUUGUGCUUCCGAGAUGAUACCCGUCGGGUCAGAGAGCGUAUGCUGGAUGUGAGGACGGUGGGCAAUGUGGUCUGGGACCCGAAAUUGAGGACAAGCAACACCCCCCCGGCGACUGGUGAUCUACUUCCGCCUUUUGCGGCCCUCACCUCAGAUGAGGAGCGGGAGCGAAAGGCACAGGCAUCGAUUCCCGGCACUUACCAUGUGGUUGCCAUCCCUGAGAGCUUCUCUCAGCUCCCUGAGUAUAUGGGUGAGACGUCGGAAGUAAAUGCGGGAAUCAGUGCCACCCUGGAAAUGGGCAAUGGCGACCAUUCCCAGGUGGGAGAUGGUAAUUCGGCCUACGGGCCAAAUGUCGUCGUAUUGAAGAGUUUCAGAUCCGCGCGAAGACAUUUCUAUCCCGACCGAAGAAGCACGCCUCAUUUCUCGUUAUCUGCGCCUUCGGUUUCGGAGCUGAUCCCAGACUAUCCAGGCGACAGCAUGCCGCAUAUGCAGGAAGGCCUCGACCUGCUGCUCCUUGACCACUUUCGCAAUUUUGUGUGUCUGCAGCUGAUUCCAAAAGAUGGGGUGUUUAACAUCCAUGGUUUGGAUGCGGCCGUCUUCGAACGUGAAGCGUCGAGUUUCCCUCCCCUUUACCAUGCAAUGAUGGCUCUAUCCGUGCUCAGUCUGGUUCGCCAAGGGGUUGGUCAACACAUCGAUGCUUCCUAUUACUAUAAUCAGGUUGCCUCCUCCCACGGUAGCGUCUGCGGUAAUGAAGAUUUCUUGUCAGAUGCAGUCUACCUGACUCAUUUUCUCCUGCUCAUCUACGAGGUUGUGGCAGCCAAACCCGGUAGUUCAAAUCGUUGGUCGCACCAUGUCUCCCGGCUGCUCCAUUUGAUUUUGCUCAGGCAAUCAAUACCAAGGGCGGAACGAUUCCCUGGCAUAGCUUGGUGGGUUUGCCACAUGGAUCUAUACUCGCUAAUGGGCGGCGCAGGCACUGGGGAAUUUGUCCGCGCCGUCCUUGACAACCAGCUGCUACUGGAACUACAGUCCCUCUGCUACCUUGUUGGGCCCGACGGCUCGCCUUUGAUAUACGCCGAUGGCAGCUUACCCAUGAUCAUGCGCUUAUACUAUGACACGUUUGUCCUAGCCAUCCGGAUCGGACUUCUUGCCGUCGAAACUCGAGGGGCCAAAGGACCAUAUUUCAAUAAUUCGAGCUCACAGCAACAGGGACUCAAGGAACUACGCGAAUUGCUCGUUCGACUAUGGGGCCAUGAGGAGAUUGGAUAUCUGUUCCAGAACCAAGCCAGUCUUCCACUGCGAUCACAAAAUUUGUUGCAACAACUUGCUAUCUUGUUCCACACCUGCCUGCUUUUCUCCUUCACCAGCCUUUGGUCGGGACAGCGGUCGGAACCCGGGGCUGCCCCUGACGAGGAAGUCCACCACCACGCCGCGCAAAUUCUACAAAUCGUAUCGGCGAUGAUCGAAAAGGGCAGCGGAGGGGACCGGCGAUUUACAGCGUUCCCGAUUUUCCUGGCAGGCGCUGUGGCCCCGUCGAGCGGGCUGAAGAUGAUGGCGUUGGAGCUACUGUCGAACCUGGAGGACCACGAGAUUGGGUACAACGCGGCGACCACGUGUCAGAUGUUACAGGUGUUUUUUGAGCAGCAGAUCCAACAUUCCCGGCGAGGGGGGCAUGCGCUCGAGAUCGAAUGGGUGGAGGUGCUAGCUGAGCACGGGCUGCAGCUAGUCAACUACGGAUGA